GUAGUAUUGACGUGGAAAAAUUGAAAAUGUAGGACAGAAAUUACCAUUUAUCAGCUAUAAAUACAAAGCUACUGAAACUGGUCCUUUCCAUUUUCUGCAACUCUCUUGACAAUUGUUCAAGUUUGAAGAAAAGCACAUCUCUACAGUUGGUGUUGCCAGGACUUGUGUGAUGGAGUUUCCGAGUCAAGAGUCUGAGUCAUCGAAUUCGCUGAGGAAGAACGGGAGGGGGAAGAUUCAGAUCAAGAGGAUCGAGAACACCACGAAUCGGCAGGUGACUUUCUGCAAGCGCAGGAAUGGGCUGCUCAAGAAGGCCUACGAGCUGUCGGUGCUCUGCGACGCUGAAGUCGCCCUUGUUGUCUUCUCCACCCGCGGCAGGCUCUAUGAAUAUGCUAAUAACAGUGUUAGGGCAACAAUUGAUAGGUACAAGAAAGCAACUAUUGAUUCCUCCAACACUAUGUCCACCUCUGAAGCUAACACACAGUUCUACCAGCAAGAAGCCACCAAGCUCCGCAGACAAAUAAGAGAAAUUCAGAAUUCAAACAGACAACUGCUUGGAGAAGGUGUUAGCAAUAUGCCACUGAAGGAACUCAGGAACAUGGAGGGCAAAGUGGAGAAAGCAAUCAGCCGUAUCCGCACAAAGAAGAAUGAGAUGCUGUUUGCUGAAAUUGAGCUCAUGCAGAAGAGGGAGCUAGAGCUGCACAAUGCAAACAUGUAUCUGAGAGCUAAGCAGAUAGGCGAGAGCGAGAGGGCGCAGCAGCAGAUGAACAUGAUGAAUCAAGAGUACGAGCAGCCUAGCAUGAGUUCACACAACUAUGAUGUAAGAAACUUCCUUCCUGUCAACCUCCUCCAACCUGAACAUGACCGCCACUACUCUUGCCAGGAUCAAACUCCUCUCCAGCUAGUUUAACAGUUACAAGUCCUGGGUUUGGGAUCAAGAAUUUCGCAUGUCAUGGCAUUAGGAAAACCAAAAAUGCAUGAACAAUCAAAAAUAUUAUGAUUUGAAUAUUGUAUAAUAUACUCCUCUAGCUAGCUAGUAGUUGAUUUUUCAGCAAGAAUAAUUCUUGCUUUAUCAGUACCCAUGAAGAACACUUUGUUUAACUAUCUCUAAUUCUAUAGCACAUUAUUAUCUUACUUAAA